AUGCAGGCCACCAACAACGGUGUCCUGGCCUCUGGGAAUGCAUAUGACCCGUUUGUAUCGACGACGACUCCGCUAGGCACUGCCGGAGCGGUUGUCACACACCCGCUUCAACCGAACCCUUACGCUCACGACCACACCGGUAUCGGUCCCACCUCAUAUUUCACCGCUCAAAGCACCUUUCAGCAACCAGCACAAUAUCAUCUCUAUGCCCCGAUUGGACCUCAUAACCAAAACAUUCUUGGAUAUCAGCGGAAUGUACAUGACUUAUUUAUCCCGAAUGACUUUAGAGAAGAGCUGCAAAAGAAAGCAGCCGCAACACUACAAACCCUUCCUAGUACGUUUAAACUGUUAUAUUUUAUUCAGGGUUUGUUUACUGACUGCUGGUUAGACUCCCAACUACCUACUCAAAUCGACCACUUUCACUCUCUUGUGCCGCUUGACGUAACGCACCAGAAAAAUGCUACUAUCUUCGGCUACCCUAGCUGGGUAUAUAAGGCACAGUCAAGUAAAGAUGGCAACUACUAUGUGCUUCGAAGGCUGGAGGGCUUCCGGUUAACAAACGAAAAGGCAAUCAGAUGCGUGCAGGCAUGGAAACGAGUCAUCUCCGCCAGCGUAGUGACGGUGCACGAUGCCUUUACCAACCGCAGCUUCCAGGACAGCUCCCUGAUCUUCGUGACGGACUACCACCCGCUGUCCAAGACGCUGGCCGAGCAGCACCUGGAAAGCCCCACGCGGUACCAGAACCGGCACGCGAGCACGCAUGUAACAGAGCCUGUGCUCUGGGGGUACGUGACACAGAUCGCAUCGGCCCUGAAAGCCAUCCACAGCGCCGGGCUGGCCGCACGGGUGAUCGACGCGAGCAAGAUACUGCUGACAGGCAAAAACCGCAUCCGACUGAAUGCCUGUGCCAUCCUGGACGUGGUGCAGCACGACACCCAGCGGUCCAUCGCGGACCUACAAAGCAACGACAUGGUCAGCUUCGGCCAGCUAAUACUCACACUUGGAGCGAGCUCGUUAGCGCACAACCCAACCAAGGCGCUAGAACACUUCUCCCGCGCCUACAGCGCACAAUUGUACAACUCGGUGUUGUGGCUGCUAGGCGCCGGCCCAUCCAAGGAACCCCAAGGCCAACUCCAACCCGCCAACCAGAGCCAGAACCACAACGCAAAUGCAAACCAGAAUGCGAACCAGGGCUCCGACCGGACCAUCGACGUGUUCAUCACCGGCAUCUCGACGCAGCUGAUCUCGACCUUUGACUCAUCCCUGCACGUCGACGACGAGCUAACGCACGAUCUUAGCCGGGAACUUGAAAACGCGCGGCUAGUCCGGCUGCUGACCAAGCUCAACUUCAUCACCGAGCGGCCCGAAUACGACCACGACCGGCACUGGUCCGAGAACGGCGAGCGGUACUUCCUGAAGCUGUUUCGGGACUACGUGUUUCACCAGGUGGACAGCCAGAAUGCUCCCGUAGUCGACCUGGGCCAUGUGCUGACGUGUCUGAACAAGCUUGACGCGGGAAGCGAGGAGAAAGUGACGCUGAUCAGCCGGGACGAGCAGAGCUGUUUUGUAGUGAGUUACAAGGAGCUGAAGAAGGGCGUUGAGAUGUCCUUUCAGGCCUUGAUGAAGAGGAGAGAAAGAGAGGAGUGGGUGGAUGGAUGGAUGGCAGUUGGGAUAUGGCAAUUGUUUGUUUUAUAUAUAUCUGACCCGCCCGGAACCGAUCUAGCCUUUGACUCUGCUAGUGCUUAUAUCAAGAAUGAAUCAACUACAUAUCAAUACCAUUGA